AUGGCGCCAGACCCAGAACCCACAAAGCGCAAACGCGGCCGGCCCUCAAACGCGUCCAAGACCACCAGCGCGUCGCUUGACCGCCCUGACGACUAUGAAGCCGAUGUCGAAGAACCACGCCCAAAGAAGCGAGGACGGCCCAAGAAGAGUCUCGAUGAGCCUGAGCCCGAGCCUGCGCCGCCUGAGGAGGACAAGCCUCGACGCGGGCGUGGCCGACCGUCACUGACAGCCGCCGCAAAGCCAACAAACGAACCGGAAGAGCCUGCGCCGCCCAAGCGGAAACGUGGCCGGCCGUCACUAGAGAAUCAACGGAAGGGGGGUGGAACAGAAGAGCGGCCUGAAGACCAGGAACCCGAGGAGGAGGAGGAUGCAGAGCGGGAAGCGCAGGAAGAGGAACUACCCGAAGAGACCCGGCCGCAACGCAAGCGAGGUCGCAAACGUGCGCAAGCAGAGAAAUCACAACCUGAAGCCGAACCCGAGACAGAGGCCACCCCAGAGGAAGCACCCCGCAAAAAGCGAGGGCGCCGGGCCCAACCGGCACAGAAGCCCCAGCAGGAAGAGGAAGCAGAGGUGGAAGCGGAGGAGGAGGAGGGACAGCCGCUGCGAAAAAGGAGCCGUCGGUCACUGCGCGACCUUCCCCACGAGGACGCCAAUAACAAGGGCAGCAAGGCCGGGAGGUCCAAGAAGGGCGGGAAGCAACCUGAAAGGGCAGACGACGCAGAGAACCAGGAGGAGAGCCAGCCGAAGAAGCGGCGUCGAACGUCAGGGGGGAGGAACUCGACAGGACAGAAGGACAAGCAAACUCGACCUCGUCGAUCUCGAGGCGAGGAACAAGACCAGGAACCAGACCAAGAGCAACAAGAAGCCGCCCCCAAACCGAAAGGUCGUCGCCGUCGCUCCAGUCAAACCGCUCCCCCCUCGGACGCCGACGACGACGCCCCCCCGUCGCCCCCAAAGCCUUACCUCCACGUCGCCUCGCAAACCCGUCGCAUCCGCUCCUCGACCAUCGCCGCCAAGUGGUCUCCCCUCUCGGGCGCCUCUAUCCCCACCGCCUCGGCCGUCCUCGCCGUCGCCCACCAGCCCAUCCUGCAGCGCACCGCCGCCACGCGCCAGCGCCGCCAGCACGCCGAAGCCGCCCUGCACCUCGUCUCCCGCCGCGUCUCCCGCAAACUCGCCCGCGGCAUGCCCUUUCCCCCGGCGACGGUGGUUGGUGGUGGCAAGCCCGGCCGGCCCUUUGCGAACGCCGACGGUGGCCGCGCCGCCGAACUCGACUUUGAGAGCGUGCUCGAUGGCCGUGCCGCCUUGGAGCGGCAGCUGGGGCCUGCGCUGCACGCCGUUGAGCUGUUGAGGCGCGAGCGAGCGAGGAUGGAGCGUGAGCUGGAGCACGACUACGACGCGUUGCGGAAGCUUGAGGAUAGCGCAAGGGCGCAGACGAGGGAGCGGAAUGAGCUGUUGAAGAAAGCGCACGUCUUGGCACCGACAUCACGACCGACACCGCAGGAAGCUCGCGACCGAUCCAUCAUCACGACCAGCGACUCCUCCGGCAAUGUCUUCAAGGCCCUCGCCGACCCCGACCUCCAGCCCUUGGCACUGCAACUUGCCGGACACGUUGAUAGCAUCCGCGGCAACCUCCAGCAGGGAGACGGCAUCACGCCGCAGCUGGCACGGACACGGGCGGCGCUGCAGGAUGUGCUGAUGCGAUACCUAGACCAGGAGGCGUACGGGCAGGUGAUCCUUGGAUAG